AUAAAUUCUCUCCCAAUGAUAAAUUAUCCAAUGAUGAAUUUGAGGAUGAUGGAGUCCAUGUUAAUUACAAGAUCGAUGAGAUUAAUAGUGAUGAUAGUGAAGAAUUUCCCAACAGCCUAUUAGAUAGAUAUGAUACGAAAGAUGGUAAAAGGGAUUUAAUUAGACAUUUAAUCAAUAACAUUUAG